AUGCAGCACGGCAGCGGCGACUACGCCGCCUCCGCCCCCGCCGCGGGGGGCCACUACUACCCGCACCAGUACGCGCCGCCUCCCCCGAACCCCUACCCGCCCGCCGCCGCCGACGCCCCGGCCGGGUACGCCUCCGCGCCGCCAUACUCCGCCGCUCCCUACCCCGAGCACCCCCCGUCCGCCCCGGCCUACUCGCAGCCGCCCCACUACGCCGGGUACCCGCCCUACAACCCCGCGCCCUAUCCCCCAGAGCCCUCGCCCUCGCCCGCCGCGCCGUACUACCCCUACCCGCAGCCCGCCCACACCCAUCCAACCCCACCGACGGAACCCUCGCCCGCCCCCUACGACGCCCCCUACUACGGCGGGGGCUACCAGCACCAGCAGCCCGCCGCCGCCGACGACGAUUACCUGGACGAGGGCGCGUACGCCUACACCGGCGACGGCGGCGCUGAGCCGUACGGCGCGCGCGGCACGGCGCCGGCGCGGUCGGGUGCCGCCAUGUUCGAUGACUACGGCCGGUCUAUCGGGCUCUCGUCGGGAGGGGCGGGGCAGCACCAGGGUGGUGGUGGCGGUGGCGGCGGUGUGGGUGGCGGGGGAUUUGGGAAGAUUGCCAGGGCGGUUCCGAAAGCGGAGUCCCAUGAGGAUGCCAGUGGCGGUGCGCAGAAGUUUCGGGUUAAGCUGCUGCCAGAGGGCGCCGGAAGCCCCACCGAUGUGCUUUGCCAGGUCGGUCUGGAUGGAAUUCGCAUGCUUGAGCCCAGCACAAACAGGACCCUAAGGAUUUACCCCCUUGACACGCUGACGAAAUGGGAGAUUUUGGAUUCAACUGUGUUUGCGAUUUGGGCAAAGACUUCAGUAGAUUUUGAACCAAAGAGAAUACGGCUCAAGUCAAGCAGCUAUACUUCCAACACUUUGCUUGACACCGUGACAGCAGCAACUGUCCAGUUCAAGGAGAUCGGUGAAGAUGCAAGAGCCAAUGGAACUGUGGAUGCUGGAAAAUCCUCGGUACAAUCAAACGAGAAGAAGAAAGGUUUUGAUUGGAUGUUUGCAAAGCCUGUUGAUGAAGUUAAAGAUCAUUGGGUUCCAGAUGAAGCUGCUAAGAAAUGCCAGUCUUGUGCUGGAGAUUUCAGUCAUUUUAAUCGCAGGCAUCACUGUAGGAACUGUGGGGAAGUCUUCUGUGAUAAAUGCAGUCAAGGAAGAAUUGCUCUGACAACUGACGAUAAUGCUCCACUUGUCCGAGUUUGUGAUAGAUGCAUGGCAGAGGUUUCUCAGAGGCUUAGCAUGGCACAGGAAGCUGCCAAGAGAUCUGCCACAGUGCAAAGUCAUGGAGAUCUUGCAAGAAAACUUAAGGAGGAACUGGAGAGGAAUCGCAAAUCUUCAGGCUCCACGUCUGGAGGUGUAUCUGGAACCAGGAUGCGAGAAGUUGCGUGUCCUACCUGCACGGUCCAUCUUCAGGUCGAGGUCCCAACGUCUGGCUCUGAAACAGUGGAAUGUGGAGUGUGCCAGCAUGCUUUCCUUGUCAGUGCCAAUUGAUACACAGGGAAAUUAGAGCGUGCUGUAGCAAAUUAUUCUGUUCAUAACUCAUUUGUUUUCGCUGUCCUAUACCAAAAUAAGUGUGUUCAACUUGUAGAUGUUUAUAUGGCUUUGUUGGUGGUCGUGGAUAGGAUGUAUUUAUGUUUCUUGUACAUGAGUGAGUUCUAAACAUGUGAGAUUGUUGCUGAAAAUGCUGCGUGUUUCUGAAGAAUACCAACAGAGUGCUCGUUGGUGAA